CCAGCACCCGGAAAGGUUCUCGGUAUCGUUCUCUCCACACAACUGAGUACUUGAGGCAAAAACCCUAGCCGUCUUCCUCCAUCUUCCAUCCCAAGCCUCGCGACACCAUGGCCGCAUCCAACAGCGGCGGCGGCCCGAUCUCAACCCAGGCGGCGGCGGCGCUUGCCGAGGGCAUCAAUCUGGUGUUCGGGCGCUGGACGGCGCUGCAGAUGGCGGUGGAGAACCAGUGGGGCGGCCGCGACUCCCGCGCCAAGGCGGACCAGUUCGGCGAGUCCCUCCACUCCUGGUUCUGUCGCUCCAGGGGUCCGCAUUAUUUUGAAGACUUGGUGGAUAUGAUGUACGAGAAAAUAUCUGAUUCUUUCAAUGCUGACUUCGAGGAUAAUAGUGUUGAGGAGGUCGCUGAACAAUUAUUGAUUAUGCAUGAAGAAUGCCUGCAAAGCAACUAUUCAUCUAUAGAGGUGUUAAGGAACUCACAUGUUCAGGGGAGUGCUGUUUCUCAAAGUAGACAGAUAUCAGCUGAUGGUGAUGACAGUGAUAGCUCAGAUGAUGACGAUGGCGACGCGUCAAUGAUGGAAGAUGAAGCAGCAGCUGCACCAGAGGAGAUGGCGGUGGACAGACCGAGGCCCUCGAAGCCUGCACCUGAUGCUGAUGGGUGGACCGUCGUGCCUCCUAGGCAUGGUGGUCGCUCCCGCGGCGGCAAGAAUUAGGCAGGGGGCCGGAAACCUUGACGUAUACAUACAUGUUGCUAUCUGCCGAUUUUGUUACUGGAUGUUGAGUGUUGCAGGUCUUGCUUGGGAUUUUAUCAGUGAUAUUGGGUGUUUUGCCUGCCACCAUAUUGGUAUUUCGACAUGGUAAUUAUAGAUAACUUGCGAUUGGGUCUUAAGAAUUCCGUGCUCAGUUAAUCGCAGUCACACUCGGAUAUGUGUGUUCUUUGUCCA